AUGACUAUUGGUGACGUAUCAUCGCAUGAUAUUCACCAAUACAACAUAGUUUAUGUGCUAGUGGCAAUAGCACUAGGUAUUGGUGUAGUAUGGAUUUGGAGGAACGGACAAUGUUGCUUGCGAUCAAAGACGCGGUUACAUCGCCAGGGGAGGAUACCCCGCCAGCAGGGUCACCAGGAGCCACAGGGUAUGCCGACACCGCUGCCCAGGGCAGAGCCAACUAAAGAACCAGUGUAUAGUGAAGUGCAAUCGCGAAAGCAGAGUACAGCUGACCGUCAGCUAAGUGCCAGUGAAUUAGGUGAAAGUAGUCGUGCCAGUGUACGGUUUCAAAAUUUGGCCAAACGAUGGCCCUGUGUGAAAUGCGUAGUGAAUAAGGGGAAAACGUCGCUACCAACCCCUCAAAAACCAAGUGUUUUUACCGUGGAAGACCCUUUAGUUUAAAAUGCUUUAUAUUUUUUAAUUUUGUUUAUUUUAUAAUGGUAUACGAUGCUUAUGUUUAGACACGGUCAGUAGUAGGUAUUAACUGUUGAAAUUUAUAAUUACUGUAUAACAUGUAUUAGGCUUUCGUGUAAUUGCUUUUUAAAUAAGUUAAUCAAUAGGGA